GGUCACAAUCACAAACAAAAAAAAAUGGUGAUCAAAUGGUUUGGAUCAUACUGGGUCGAACCCAACCCUCACUUCUCCGGUGUAAAUGCUCGACAUUGGAGCUCGUAAACCAAACUCCCAUGACUUCAGAGUAAAAUUUAUUUAUAUUAAAUUACGCAAAUAAGAUAAAUUUAAUUGAUUUUUUCAUAAGAAAACUGAUGUAAUGACUGCCUUUAUCCAUGGCGGCGAUACAAUCAAACGACCCGAGAUAACUUCCAACCUCUCCAUACACAAGAAAUAAUAAAAAGAAAGAACAAACCCAUCACUUCCAUCAAGUAAAACAAAAACAACACCACCACCACCACUUCUUCCACCCUCUCGAUCAACCCAAAAUCCACCAUGGGAUCAACAGCGGCCGCUGACCUUUGCUCUGUCUUAUCAGAAACACAACGUAUAAUAAACGCCCACUCCCGCCAUUUCUUGGCUCUCUCUGUUCUCUUUAUCCUCCCUCUUUCUUUCUUUCUUUCUGUCUACCCCACCAUCCAAAACAUCAUCUCUCAAUCCUCCACUCUCCACUCCAAAAUCCUCUAUUCUCACGCUACUUUUUAUCAAGAUGACCUCUCAAAUCUUUUCACUACAAAUACCAUUAUCCUCUCCCUUCUCCUUGUACUCCUUUCCGUCACUUUCUCUCUUUUCGCUACUGGCUCCAUCACCUACAGUGUUAUUCAUGGAUUCUACGGUAGACCUGUAAAGCUUUGCUCUUCAAUCAAAUCUUCUCUCACUUCUUUCCUUCCCCUUUUGAUAACUAACUCUUUUGCUGAAAUUAUCUUUUUGGGGGUCGUCCUCCUUUUUGCGUUGUUCUUUUUUUUGGUUAUGAAUGGAAUUCAGCUUCUUGGAUUUGAAGUUAAUGUCUCUUCACCUUCUUUUCAAGUCUUUUGCCUGAUUCUUGGGGUUUUUCUGGUCUUAGUUUUGUUUUGUCUGCAGUUGAAUUGGGUUUUAGCUCAGGUGAUAGUGGUUGCGGAAUCAAUUUGGGGUCUUGAGCCAUUGAAGAGGAGCAACUUCCUAAUAAAAGGAACGAAAGGAGUGGCUUUGUCUUUGUUUUUAUUUUUGGCCUUUUUCCCUGGCUUGUUUGUAAUUGCCAUUUCAUUUCCACGGGGAGACUUGGAUAUUGGCAAUAUCGAUAGUGCAUGGAAGAUUUGGCCUUUUGUUGUUCGAAUUGUGGUGCCUUCAGCUCUCCAAACGAUGUUAUUUCUUUACAAUAUCGCGGCGUUUACUGUUCUUUACAUGGAUUGCACGGCUGCACACGGAGAGCUUGUCUGGGAGAUUGCUGAGGAGUUUGCCGGUGACUAUGUCAGCUUGCCUUUUGAUGAUGGAAAGAUCCCUCAUUUUGUUUCUGUUACCUAUACUUGACAAGAAUGCUGGUUUUGGUGGUACUGCAGACCGAAGUUGAUGUUCAAACUGAAUCUUUAGAUGUCUUGCUAUGAUUUGCCAAUUCUUGAUGCAUCUGAAUUGGAAAAAGUGGUGAGUGUAAAAUUGGUUUUGGUGGUACUGCAGACCGAAGUUGGGGCUUGCUGGACCAGUUUAAUUUAUAUAUAUAUAAAAUCAAGAACCAAAUUAAUUUUUUAAAAAAAAAAAUUAACUAUUCCAAUUCAUAAGUUGUGAGAGCAAACAGUAGAAAAAACUACAAUGAACUACCCACACCACGUGUUUUGUAUAAUUUAUUGGUGAUUUCUGGGUUCCACUUGAACGAACAGGAGUUCAACAAGAACACCAUGCCAGCAUAAAAGAAAA